ACUGACUAUCGAUUUAUUAAGACGGUCGACUUCAUUAUGGAAGCUCUACCACACUACUCCGUAGAUCAAAAGGAUCGAGCAGGUCACACGGCGCUAUUUUAUGCAGUCACCUACGGGCACUACGAAGUCGCAAAACGGCUUUUGGAUUACGGUGCUAAUCCUAAUCACCAAGACCAUAGGCUGCGAACUCCUUCACAUUGUGCAGCAGCAAAGGGACAAAUGCGAAUGCUGAAACUGCUCAAACAAUACAAUGCUUCCUUUGAAAUACAGAACUACCGUGGUGACUUACCCGUACAUGAGGCUGUACAAUCAGGGAGUAAAGAUGUUGUUGAAUGGUUACUAGCUCUUCAACCAUCAUCACUAAAUGCAGCUAGUCAUGAAGGGCGGACAUGCCUUCAUCUGGCCGCUGCACAAGGAAAUCUCGAGAUGGUGAUAUUGCUCUGUACCAAAGGAUGCCAUGUCGACCCUUUGAUGCUAUACAAGAAUAAUCUCUACACACCUCUAGACUUAGCACGCCGAAAAGAUCAUCAGGUAUUUUAUUCAUGA